GCCGAUAGAGGGUAGAAAAGAGAAACGCGAGGCAAGCGGCCGCGAGAUAGUAAAGGUUUUCGUUGGUCCUCGAGCGUGUAGACAGCGAUGUCGUUGUUCAAGACGAAAGAGUGGUGGCGAACGAGAUGCGGUGCGAACGAAACAUUCGAUAAGCACAGCCUAUUGGCAGCGCCGUUGUUCGGAAAGGAGAGACAAGAUAUCGUGGUGGUGGGAAGUCACGACGGUUACCUAAGGAUGUACAGUCCGUCGUCGCGAUGGGUGGACGAAACGAAAUCACCGACCAACUACAAGUCCACGGAUUUAAUGAUCGAGACUCGAUUGGACGAUUGCAUCGUGGAUAUGAAAGCGGGCAAGUUCGUCUCAGGCUCGCAAGAUUUACGUUUGGCGGUAUUGACGCCGUCGAAGUUGACCGUUUACAACGUGGCCCUGGUCGACCAAUCCACCGAAUACGGAGAUCGGUGCGAACUGAAGAUCGCCUACGAGCACUCGCUGCCGAGAUUUCCGGCAUCGUUGACGGUAGGACCGUUCGGCGGCGUUCGCGGCAGAGACUUUCUCUGCGUUCAAUGUCUGGACGGGACGCUUCUCUUCUACGAGCAGGAGAUGUUCGCCUUCAGCCAGGUGACGAGGAAUCGGUUGUUGGCCGAGCCGAUCAUUUACGUUCCGCGCUACGAUCUGUUCGUCGCUGCCAGCUCCUCCUGGUAUCUCGAGUGUCACAGGUACCAAAGUAUGGCGGAGUGGUCGAGAAGCACGGAACGAGUCUCCGGGAGCGCGAACGGCGCGGAGGAGCGCGACGCGCAGCAUCGGCGCGCCAAUGCCACGAGCCUCGAGCCAGAUUGGACGUACAACAUCGGCGAAGCGGUUCUCGGCAUCGAGGCUGUCACUUUGAGUAGCUUCGAGGUUGGCAUAGUGGUUCUCGGCGAGAAACAUCUGUACUGUCUAAAAGACAAUUGUACGUCGGUCAAGUACGCCAAGAGGCUGGAAUACAAGCCGCUCUGCUUUCGAGCUUACGUUAUCGAACCGGACGGGAAGUUGAUGGUGCUCGUAAUCGCCGACACAAGCACUCUCAUGAUUUACGAGGGUAGCACGUUGAAAUGGUCGGCCCAACUGCCUUUCGCGCCGGUUGCCGUUGCCAGAGUUCAAUUGGAGCACCUGCAGGGCGUGGUCGUAGUUUUGUCAGCGGAUGGUCGACUGGAAGCCUGCUACCUAGGUUCGGAGCCGAGUUUAUUCGUCGCACCGCCGCUUCAUCCGCGGGGUUACGAUUACACGGCAGCGGAAAAGGAGUUGUCGGAACUGCGAGCCCUCUCGAGGAAGAGCAAGGAUUCCGAGGAUCGCACCAGCGACGCGGGAGUGGACGCCGAGCUCAUAGUAACGAUAAACGUGUCGUUGGAUUCGAAUUCGUCGGAUCAUCGUUCAGACGGCGAGGUGGAGACGCAGCUACAACCGAUCUGCAGCGUCACCAUAGAGUUGUCCUCGUACGCGACCCUCAGCGACGUCCAGGUCUGCGUCGACGUAUUCAAACCUCUGGUCGUCGCCGACGAUUUCUACGCUCUUCCGAAUCUCUGCGAGCGACACGUGACGAAGACCCGGGUGUACGUGGACGGGGAUUUGCCGGCGAUCUCCUCGGAAAUUAGAGCGACCGUGACUUAUCGAACGGACGCGGGUGUCUUAAGAUCGGUGCGAAGAACCAGCCAAUUGCCCCUGAAGACGCUGUUGAGAAGCUGCCCGCCUGAAAGCUCGGCCUCCUUCGUCACAGUGAUCAAGAGCGGCGCUCCUUCGCUCACCUUCACCCAGCUGUUCCCCGAAUUCAGCGCGGAUCAGUCACAAAGACAAGGAUGGAACGCUCUGGGUUUGCGGUACCUGAACUCUGGCCACACUGUCACCGUCGUUUCCGGCCAUGCCGGAAAUCGAUAUCGAGUACAGUCCAACGACGGAUUAUCGUCGACCUUGGUCGUUUCUCGACUGAUCGACAGAUCGAGGAGCAAAAACGAGGAAAGUGUCGGGACCACCAUAGGACAAAAUCAUAUUCGGUUGGUGCAUCAGCGGAUAGACGAUCAUUUUGCCGCACGACAAAAGAUUAACAGAAUAACGAACGAGAUCGGUCUGCUGACGAGUCAGCUGAGAAACGUGGAAAGAAAAAUGUUGCGAGCCGUGAGGGAAAGAAACGAGCGAUCUCUGUCCGAUACCGGAUUGCCGUUCCUCUUCGAUUCCACUUGUGACACGAUCUUCGCGCUUCUCGAGCAACUCGCGCAAGCGCGAGCGGAACGAGAACGGACCGGCCACGAGCUUCGAUGCAGCGUCGAGUUGUUGCUGUUGCUGGUACGAUCGAACGCGACCAACGACAAAUACGAAGCGCUGCGGGCAGCGAUCGGGUUCGAACCACGUCCAUCCGAUCGUUUCGUAAGUAACGUCAUACGCAACGUCGACAACGUCGACCUUCGCACGAUUCGUUCGAACAUAACGAAGCUUCGCGUGUGGAAACAGGACUGGGAAGAAAUCGCCGACGCGGCUCUGGUCGCUCUGCUGAAAUCCGUUCUGAAAAAGUCUGGAACCUCGGAGACUCGACCGUCGUCGACGUGGAACGCGCUCACCCCCAUCGCUUCCAACAAGGAGGUGAACAAGUUGAAGACGCGGCUGGUGCAGGCGAUUCGACGACUCGAAGGCUCCAGGGAAUCCGACAUCGCGGAGAUCGAGCUGAACGGCGGCAACGUCGAGUCUGCUUAG